UGUGUGCUGCAGGUCCAGGAUCAGUAAAAUCCACUUCAGAGACUCUCAGUUCCAGCUGCGAGUCCUCGGCAGGAACGCCACGCCCACGUCCUUCCUGUUCCAGAUGAUUGACAGGUGGGAGUGUCAGCGGCUGUGGCGCUCCUGUGUGGAGCACCACGCCUUCUUCAGGAUGUCGCCCACGAGCUGCGACACACACACUCUCACACACACACUGUCCAAGCUGAAGAAACACUGCAGAGCUCGCUCGCCCGCCCCCCAGCAGCAGCCAUCCCUCCCUCGUCCAGACGGCGGCGUCGUACGAGCUCCAAUCAGCCGCCGCCCCGAGAAAACACUGCCGGGCCCAGCCCGAGCCAAUCAGACGCCAGCAGCCACCACAGACACCGCGGCGAGGCGAGUGGCUCCGCCCCCUGCCCCGCCCCCCGCUCGCAGCUCCAGGCCAGAGGGCAGAGCCAGCGAGCAUCAUGGGAAGCCCAGUGCACCAUGGGAAAGCAGCGGUCCUCCAAGCGGACUCUUCAACACAAAGUUCCCGUCAAACACCAACGAAGAAGAAGCUGCAGGAACGAGACAGCGGCGGAGCCGAAGCCUGGAUGGUGAUCGACCAAUCAGGAAGCAGCGAAAAGGCUCUCGUUCCCAUGGCAACACCAGCAGCGACAGCCAAUCAGAAGGCUCGUCUGGCGUCAGAGAGCGACGCAGGAAGAAGAAGAGAAACUGUGGUCGCCAGGACAACCAGAGGCCUGGCUCCGCCCCCCAGCAGCGCCGCCGCCGCUCCAGAUCGCGGAGCCCCGAUGCGUUGUUAUGGCAACACAUCCAGACGGAGCCGGUCGACGCAGCUGAUUGGACGGACGAGCAGCGGCGGCAAAUCCCUUAUAAGGAAGUGAAGAUUCAGCGGGAGCCAAUCAGAUCACGGCGUUCCCCGAGGAGCUCACGACAUCACCGGUGGGCGUCGGCCUCUGAACUCCACGCCACAGAAGAGCUGCUUCCUCCUCUUCCAGUUACCACGGCGACCGACACUUCCUGCCACCUACCCACAAGUCCCUGAGCCAAUCGCCUCUUGUCGGAUCAAUCGCCUACCCAUAAUGCAACACUAUGGGAUUUCAUUGUUUGUUUUUUAAUUUUGUAUUUUAUUGUUUUUGUGAUUUUUAAAAUUUUAUUUUUCAGAAAAAUGUUUUCAUGUUGGAUUCUUCUUCUGGUUUUAAGCAAAAAGUAAAAUGAGGUGAAUAAAUAAGUUUCUGUAUCUCUCCCCAAAAUCACAAAAUAAAAUGUU